AUGUGGGCAACCAUUUUUGCGACUGCGGUCGCUUUGGCAGGCUUCGCCCACGGUCGCAAUCCCGCCCCAGUCUCAAUACCAUCUAGUAUAUGGCAGGGAAUUGAUGGAAACUGGUCCACAGUGACCUUUUAUGUGGGUUCCAACGCGCAAGAGCUUGAUGUCCUAGUGAGCACAUCUCUCUCUGAAUUCUGGGCUGUCGGAUCGGGAGGAUGCCUUCCCAAUGAACUUCAUUGCAUCUCGGCUCGCGGUGGCGUCUUCACACCAGCGGAAUCCAACCGAUGGUCUCCAUUGGGCAUCUGGCAACUUGGACUCAAUUAUCUGGGGUAUGGGGGGAACGGUGAAUAUGGCCAAGAUAUCAUCACCAUCGGCGGCGACGGCUUCCACAUGUCUGACGUGCUUAUUGCGACGCUCAAUACGACAGACUACUUGAAUGGGCUCUUCGGGCUGGGCAUUACGCAAGGCAACUUUGGAGGCACAGUCGCAGAAUCCCCUUUAACACAAGCCGUGAAGGAGUUCGGGUGGAUCCCCAGUUACAGCUUCGGCUUCACUGCUGGUGCUCACUACCGGAAUGCACCCGUAUCGUUGACACUCGGUGGCUAUGACGAAGCGCGAUUCGUGAACCACAAUACUGAUUUCACCCUAAAUCGGGACGAUGGGAUCGUGACUCCUCUCAUUCGCGGAAUCGAGGUAACAGUCGAUGAGGAUCAAGACACGCCUGGGAACUGGGACUCGCGGCGUAUCAUGUUGUCGAGUUGGAACUCGUCCUUCAACGCCAUCAUCGACAGCACCACACCAUACCUCUGGCUGCCCGAGGAGGUUUGCGACAGAUUUGCGGACGCGUUCAACUUGACAUACAACAGCACCUUCGACCUAUACACGCUUACCGAUGAGCAGUAUGCCACUUACAAAGAUGAAGACUCAUUUUCCUUCACCUUCGUCCUGUCUAGCUUCGACAACAACGAUAACUUCGGGGAUCCGUAUGAUCUCUCUGGCAUCGUCAACAUUACGCUGCCCUCGAGAGCUUUUACCAGCGUGCUGCAGUACCCAUUUAUGAACCGGACGAUUGCAUACGGCGAGCCGUCUAUCCCUUAUUUCAUGCUCCGCAGAGCAAGCAACAGCUCCACGUUCAUUCUUGGCAGAUCAUUUCUUCAAGAGUCCUACCUCAUUACAAAAUACGACGAAUCCGUUUUCUCGAUUCACCAGACGAAAUUCCCCAACUCGUCUCAGGAAAUCGAGUUGGCCGCCAUCCCCCAGCCAGAUAACAGCCCUUAUCCGCCGCCUGCCACAUCGAGCAAAGGGCAGCUCUCUAAGGCCCAACAGGCAGGGAUUGGAGUUGGAGCUGGUGUGCUUCUCACUGCCUUGGUUGCCCUCGCUGUAUGGCUUUGUAAACGACACCGGCAGAAGCGUAACUACGAAAGGGCUGGGUCUUCGAUGGAUGAGAAAAAGAGCUCGGCAUCGAUCGUUAUCUCAGAUGCGCCCAAAAGCCCACUCUAUCGACUUCUCUCUAAGAUCAGCCGCCGAAAGAAGUCACCAAAACCAGGCCUCCAGACCGGGAACGACAAACAACAACCAUCCGAGGCGCCCAACUCCCAAAUAUACGAACUGCCGGCCCCUAUCCCUCCGGCGGAACUCGAUGGAGAUGACACAGCUUCUUGGAAUGGCGACACCGAGCUGGGCACUGAGAAUUCUCACCAACUGACCGCAUAUCAAGCGGCAAGGCGGAAGAUGGAUCACCAGCUCCAAGGACCCGUCCCUGCGUAUUCACCUCCUGCUGAUGGUAUUUUGCCUCCUCCCGAGAAGGCUAUCUAUGAACCUACUCAACCAAAACGCCCUCCGCCUACCUUACAGCUAUCACUGUCUUCGCCUCCAAGCUCACCAGGAGGUGGUAGUUCGAAUUCAAACUCCAUGCCUUUGUCAUUACCCUCGCCCAUGACUCCUCGGCAUGACCUGAGCGGCCGACUUGCCGAUAUUCCUUCACCCUUAACGGUCAACUUCGCCAUCUCUUCCACCUACAAUUCCGGAAGCAACUCGGCGCCGGGCUCUCCCUUCCUAUCACCAUCUUUAAGUAGCUUUGAGGAGGUUGAUGGUCCGAGGAGAUCCAAUUCUGACCAUGAAGCUUCCCUAGCUUCAGCCCUAGCACGCCCCCCUGUAGUUGCCCAGAGAACCCCCAUCGACCUGUCCAAGAUCGUCUAUUUGGGUCCAAUACCAGGGACCACGCGGGAACCCCGACCCCAUUCCGCCCAGGAGAUGAGGACCCGAACCGACUCCAUUGACGCCACCCCGAAUGGGCAGAAUGAACAGAAUACUUACGACACUCUGGGAAGCAAUUUCACAAUGGAAGAGGCGGUGCGCUUCGCUUCACGAUUGCAAGGGUCACCGGUUCAAAGCAGACCAGGCCAACUACGAUCAAACCGCCCGGACGACAUUCGGCUUCCUGGAACAGGCUCGCCGAGGGGACACUCGCGAAGCAUGUCCCAACCGGAUACCCCAGGGAGCCAUCACCGCAUCAAUCCAAGUACGGAGCUGAUUCACGUGCCGCAAAUGGCGGAGAAGCGGUAUAGCUGGGAAGAGGAGCGAUGA